GCGGCCCGCGCUUCCGCCGGAAAAGAGCCGCCGGCGCGGGGGCGGACCGGGGAGGAGCGAGUGCGAUGGACGGUCGCCCUCGCCAAUCGUUGGCAGGUUAGAGCCGGCUGCGCGGCCUACGGGGCUCAAUCGGCGGCGAGAGCGGCAGGCGGGGCGGGCCGAACGCGGGCUUCCGGCGGGGCCCGGCAGGCGCCGAGGAGGAAGAGCGAGCCCGGACGGCGCCUCUCGAACGAGUGUGGGCGCGAGGCAGGAUGACGACCUCAGGCGCGCUCUUUCCAAGCCUGGUGCCAGGCUCUCGGGGCACCUCCAACAAGUACUUGGUGGAGUUUCGGGCGGGAAAGAUGUCCCUGAAGGGGACCACCGUGACUCCGGAUAAGCGGAAAGGGCUGGUGUACAUUCAGCAGACGGACGACUCGCUUAUUCACUUCUGCUGGAAGGACAGGACGUCCGGGAACGUGGAAGACGACUUGAUCAUCUUCCCUGACGACUGUGAGUUCAAGCGGGUGCCGCAGUGCCCCAGCGGGAGGGUCUACGUGCUGAAGUUCAAGGCAGGGUCCAAGCGGCUUUUCUUCUGGAUGCAGGAACCCAAGACAGACCAGGAUGAGGAGCAUUGCCGGAAAGUCAACGAGUAUCUGAACAAUCCCCCGAUGCCUGGGGCGCUGGGGGCCAGCGGAAGCAGCGGCCACGAACUCUCUGCGCUAGGCGGUGAGGGUGGCCUGCAGAGCCUGCUGGGAAACAUGAGCCACAGCCAGCUCAUGCAGCUCAUCGGACCAGCCGGCCUUGGAGGACUGGGUGGGCUGGGGGCCCUGACUGGACCUGGCCUGGCCAGCUUACUGGGGAGCAGUGGGCCUCCAGGGAGCAGCUCCUCCUCCAGCUCCCGGAGCCAGUCGGCAGCAGUCACCCCGUCAUCCACCACCUCUUCCACCCGUGCCACCCCAGCCCCUUCUGCUCCAGCAGCUGCCUCAGCAACUAGCCCGAGCCCCGCGCCCAGUUCCGGGAAUGGAGCCAGCACAGCAGCCAGCCCGACCCAGCCCAUCCAGCUGAGCGACCUCCAGAGCAUCCUGGCCACGAUGAACGUACCAGCCGGGCCAGCAGGCGGCCAGCAAGUGGACCUGGCCAGUGUGCUGACGCCGGAGAUAAUGGCUCCCAUCCUCGCCAACGCGGACGUCCAGGAGCGCCUGCUUCCCUACUUGCCAUCUGGGGAGUCGCUGCCGCAGACCGCGGAUGAGAUCCAGAAUACCCUGACCUCGCCCCAGUUCCAGCAGGCCCUGGGCAUGUUCAGCGCAGCCUUGGCCUCGGGGCAGCUGGGCCCCCUCAUGUGCCAGUUCGGUCUGCCUGCAGAGGCCGUGGAGGCCGCCAACAAGGGCGAUGUGGAAGCGUUUGCCAAAGCCAUGCAGAACAACGCCAAGCCCGAGCAGAAAGAGGGCGACGCGAAGGACAAGAAGGACGAAGAGGAGGACAUGAGCCUGGACUGAGCCACGCGCCGUCCUCCGAGGAACUGGGCGCUUGCAGUGCGUUGCACACCCUCACCUCCCACCCACUGAUUAUUAAUAAAGUCUUUUCUUUUACCUGCCAA